AUGGAGCUAAGCGCAGCCACCCUCCUGGUCCUAUCCUUCGUCUCACUGAUGAUUCUCGUGUCUUUGCUUAGCCGCAAAACCACAGCAAGUUCCAAGGGGAGGAAGCCCCCCGGCCCACGGUGCCUCCCCUUCAUCGGAAGCCUCCUCCACCUCCUGACAGCGACGCCCCAGAUCGCUCUCCGGGACCUGGCCAAGAAACACGGCCCAGUGAUGUACCUGCGGUUGGGCCAGGUGGACGCCGUGGUGAUCUCCUCGCCGGCAGCCGCACAGGUGGUGCUCCGGGAUAGCUCCCUCACCUUCGCGUCAAGGCCGAAACUUCUGGCCGCGGAGAUCGUGGGCUACGGGAGCGUCGACAUAGCCUUCGCGCCAUACGGCGCGUACUGGAGGACCCUGCGCAAGCUCUGCAUGGUGGAGCUCCUGAGCGCGCGAAAGGUGAGGCAGUUUGCGCCCAUCAGGAACAGCGUGAGCAUGUCCCUCGUUAGGGAUGUCCGCGCCGCCGCCGGCGAGCCCGUCAAUCUCGGGAAGCUGCUCAUGUCGUGCACGAACACGAUUACUGCAAAGGCGACGUUCGGCGACGAGUUCGACGCCGAGCUCCAAGAGCGGUUCCUGGCUGGGAUGGAUGUGCUGCUCAAGAUAGUUGGGGCAUUCUCCUUCGGGGACCUCUUCCCUUCGCUGUGGUUCCUGGACGUCGUCACUGGGCUGAGGCGCUCGGUCUGGCGAGCGCGCCGGCAGUUCGACGCCAUCUUUGACAAGAUCAUCGCCAGCUGCGAGGCGCGACGGGCGGAGAAAAAGAAUGCCACAGCCGGAGACGAUGACCUUCUGGGCGUCAUGCUUAGGAUUAAGGAUGAGGCGCAGCAUGAGUUCCCCAUCGGCAUCACAAACAUCAAGGCAAUUAUAGUGGACUUGUUCACGGCAGGCACGGAGACGACGUCGUCACUCCUUGAGUGGAUCAUGUCAGAGCUCAUAAGGAACCCAGAGGUGAUGGCAAAGGUUCAGGAGGAGGUGCGACAAACAUUGGACAACAAGAGUCCUGGAGACCAUGAAGUCCACAUGGACAAGCUGCGCUACAUGAAGAUGGUGAUCAAGGAGGGUUUGAGGUUGUACCCGGCCGCACCGCUCUUGCUCCCCCGUGUCUGCAGCAAGACUUGCGAUGUUGGUGGGUUUGAGAUCACAGAGGGCUCCAGGGUCAUGGUCAAUGCAUGGGCGAUAGCGAGGAACCCCGAGUAUUGGCAUGACGCAGACGAGUUCAAGCCGGAGAGGUUCGAAGACAUUAUCGUGGAUUAUAACGGCACACAGUUUGAGUACUUACCGUUCGGGAGCGGGCGAAGAAUGUGCCCUGGCAAUACCUUUGGGUUGGCCACGUUGGAGCUCAUCCUGGCUCGGCUUCUGUACUUCUUCGAUUGGAGCCUACCGGGCGGAAUGCGUCCGGAUGAACUUGACAUCGACAUGAUCGUCGGCACAACACUGAGAAGAAAGAACCAGCUUCACCUAGUAGCAACACCGUACAAUGUUCCCAUGGAACUUUGA